AUGCUUAAGACCGUCGUCUUCCUGGGCUUGGUCAGUCUGGCCGUAGCCAGUCCACGCUUCGGAGAGUAGGUUUGGGCAUUUGAUAGCGGGGUUGGUUAUUUAUGACUUUACACGGUUAAUUGGACUUAUUAUUGUGAUUUAUUACAAUAUGUAGCCUUGACAAGUUUUUUGUUUUAGAAUUCAUAACAGAAGUUAUAAGUUCUAAAACAAUCAAUUAUGAUAACAAUAUGAGUCAUAAACAACUUAGACAAGUAGUAGUUCGUUGUAAAGUCUAGCUUUUCACUUUUGCAGUAGCAGCGAGAAUGAAGGAACGAUCCGUCAGAUGAUCGAAAAAGGCUACAGAGACUGGGAACACUACAAGAACAUCCACUCCAAGAAGUUCGAGAGCGAGGAUGUCGAGAACGAGAGGAUGCUGGCCUUCUUGAUGUCCAAACAGCACGUCAAGGUGCACAACGAUGCCUUCGAACAAGGAAAGACCAGCUUCAAGAUCGGUAUCAACCACAUCGCUGAUCUGGUGAGGAUUUUACUGAAUAUGACCCUAGAAGCUUCUAUAUUAAUACUUUUAGUUGCGAUACCACAUUCUGUACCUAUAAAAAGCCAACAUCCAUCUAAUUUUAGCCUUUCGCCGAGUACCGUCGUCUCAAUGGAUACCGUCGUCUGUACGGUGACAACACCUCCAGAAACGCCACCAAAUGGAGAGCUCCAUUGAACGUGGAAGUCCCAGACUCGGUCGAUUGGAGAGACGAAGGCUACGUCACCCCAGUAAAGAACCAAGGAAUGUGUGGAUCGUGCUGGGCCUUCUCGGCUACUGGAUCUUUGGAAGGACAACACAAGAGAGCCUCGGGCAAAUUGGUCUCUCUGUCUGAACAGAACCUGGUCGACUGCUCCGCCGAAUUCGGUAACAACGGCUGUAACGGUGGACUCAUGGACUUUGUAAGUGAAAAAACUUUGUUUACAAGCCCUGUCAGUUCUUAGAAAAUAUUUUUGUAAAAGUUGUUUUGGAAGAUUGAUCGACGUUAUCACUGAUUUGAUCUCUAGACGACCAAGAACUGAAGGACACUUAGCAAUGACAACGAUAUAAAAAAUGAUUUCAGGCCUUCGAAUACGUGAAGGAGAACCACGGAAUCGACACCGAAGACUCCUACCCAUACAAGGCCAAGCAACGCAAGUGCCACUUCAAGAAGACCGACGUUGGCGCCGACGACACCGGCUUCGUCGACCUUCCAGAAGCCGACGAAGAACAAUUGAAGCAGGCCGUAGCCACCCAAGGCCCCGUCUCCGUAGCCAUCGACGCCGGCCACCGUAGCUUCCAGCUCUACAAGACUGGCGUCUACUACGAGAAGCACUGUAGCCCCGAACAGUUGGAUCACGGUGUCCUCGUAGUCGGCUACGGCACCGACCCCGAGCACGGUGACUACUGGAUCGUGAAGAACAGUUGGGGCGAGGAGUGGGGAGAGAGCGGCUACGUGAGAAUCGCCAGAAACCGCAACAACCAUUGUGGCAUCGCCUCCAAGGCCAGCUACCCCCUCGUUUAA